CGAACCUAAGGCGCCUGCGUAGUGGCGGGAGUUGGGCCCCUUUUUGCGCAGGCGUAAUGGGCGGGGAAAGGGUCCAGUCCCAGGAUUGGUCGCGCAGGCGCAAGGAAGGAUCCGUUUUGGCGGGCGGUUGGCGUUACGCAGAACGCGGCGGCAGCGGCGGCCUGUGGUCCGGCCUCACCACCGAGGAACAGGGGAGACGUUAGCGUGAGUGAUCGGUCUCGAUCCCGGGGAAGUUCUGGUGAUUUUCACUGCCCUUGACAGUACCUCUGGAAAAGAGAGAAAGGUAUCCAGGGUACAAAGGUUUCCAAGGAAGACUACUAUUUUUUGCUUUUAUCAAGAGGAUGGCUUUAGCUGAUCAUCGUACUAAUGGGAAGGAGUCCAGGUCAUCCUGAGAAGAGUUGGCUUGUGCAGAGUCCAGGACGCAGAUUUGUUGGAUUUCUGAACCCGGUGGCCUUAGUCCUUCAGGUGGAACAGCGUGAGACAUGGGAAAGAAAACCAAGCGGACAGCUGACAGUUCUUCUUCAGAGGAUGAGGAGGAGUACGUCGUGGAGAAGGUGCUAGACAGGCGUGUGGUUAAGGGGCAAGUGGAGUAUCUACUGAAGUGGAAAGGCUUUUCCGAGGAGCACAAUACUUGGGAACCCGAGAAAAACUUGGAUUGCCCUGAGCUAAUUUCUGAGUUUAUGAAAAAGUAUAAGAAGAUGAAGGAAGGUGAAAAUAACAAACCCAGGGAGAAGUCAGAAGGUAACAAGAGGAAAUCCAAUUUCUCAAACAGUGCUGAUGAUAUCAAAUCCAAAAAAAAGAGAGAGCAGAGCAAUGAUAUCGCUCGGGGCUUUGAGAGAGGAUUGGAACCAGAAAAGAUCAUUGGGGCGACAGAUUCCUGUGGCGAUUUAAUGUUCCUAAUGAAAUGGAAAGACACAGAUGAAGCAGACCUGGUUCUUGCAAAAGAAGCUAAUGUUAAAUGUCCACAAAUUGUGAUAGCAUUUUAUGAAGAGAGACUGACGUGGCACGCAUAUCCUGAGGAUGCGGAAAACAAAGAGAAAGAAACAGCAAAGAGCUAAAGGAGGGGGUGGUCUCUGCCAUUUCUCUUUGUACAUAAUACAUUCACCUCCCUGCCUCCUCUCCCUCUACCCACCCCCUUCUAUCCUAAACACAUCCAUAAAAAAUGUGCUUAUCACUGUGCUCCACAGGAGAAAUGUCGGUAUUGGUUCUCUUGUAACAUAACUGACGGUCUGAUUCAUGAUAGGUGUCUCUCUGUGAAGACCAGGCAUUUACAUACUGUGUGUAAUUCUCACCAGUUUUUCCUUUGCCCUGCUCUCUUCCUUCUGCUCCCCUGUGACCUCAAGAUGAGUUAUAACUUUUUAAUCACCUUAGAGUCUUGAUCUUUUCAGGGUUGGUCGCUUUUUAGUGGGGGAUUUUGCUAUAAUGAUGAUGAAUUUUAGUUUCUUUCUUUGGCUGUUGGAACAUGUUGAUGACCAGCUAGCCUUUGUUUUGAGAUGUUGGGUUGGAAAAGAUGUUGCCCAUCUUUUUAAAAAGCCAGUAGCAACUGCCUACGUGUUGGGGCUUCCCCAGCCUCAUUCAGCUGUACCCAGGAGAAUACAGGGUUCCUCGUGUGGUCUUCUGGGCCACCCUCUGUUGUUCAUCCUCACCCAUCCUCCCAGAAUAGCUCCAUCCUUUGGAGGGCUUGAAAUUUUACAUUCAGAUUUGUCAAGGCACUCCUUUUAGCCCCAGGACUUUUGGCCUUGUCUCCCAGCGAUCCCUGAUUCUGCUUCUGCAAGUUGGUGUAGGCUGUCAUAAAAUGACAAGAUUAUGGACUGUGGAGAUUUGUAGCUAUUAGUACAUGAGGAUGACGGGGUAGGGUACAAUUGUCUUUAUGAUCACAUAUGGUAUAUAUGUAUUAUUUCCUUCCAUCCCUCCCAUUUGGAUUAUCUAUUUAUGUAGGUGUGAGUGACUGCCUGGUGCUUGCUUGUGCCAAGGUGCUAGGCACCCUCCAGCCCUGCCAACUUUUGUGGCCUCCCAAAGCAUUCCUGUUACCAAAGAGGCUUCAAACCUGACCCUCACUUCUCAGUGGACCCAAGUUUCCCUCCAUGCCAUUAUUUUCAGUGGGGAAUUCUUAGAGGGGAGCCAUUGGCCACAGUAUCAAUUUUAAGUAUUCAUAGUGUUUAUAAUCAUAAAUGUCCUGCUUUGAUGACUCCUGGAUUUGCCACCAAGAGUCCCCAAAGUAUUAACGCUCUUCCCUUUCUCCAUCCUCAAACUCUUAGUUGUAUCUUUUUUUUUUUUUAGAUGCAUUUCCAUGGAAGACCAUCAACCUCAGAGAGUGACAGGCCCCGGCAGUAGCAUGUUGACACAACCUCUUCCUACUCAGCAAAAUACUUCCCUUUUGGCUUCUUCCUGCUUUACCAUUAUAUUGAGAGAUUAUUUUUCUGAUUAUAUCCUCUGCCUUUGUUCCCCAAGAAACACCCUGCUUCUCGUUACCCUUUUUUUCUUGUAGUUGAAGGGGGCUAGAGAAUCAAGACUAAAAGUAAAGAAAUAGCAGGGUUUUGAGCAUCCUUGUCCCAGCCCAAAGCUGAGGAGAUAAGAAUAAAUGCUUGAAAUAGCCUUAACUCUAGAGUUCACCAGCCAUUGAGGUUUUUGUGGUUGCUUUUGAUUUUUAAAACAUAUAUAGCUGUCUGGCCAGGAGCAUUCAACCAUUUCUAGAUUAUUCAGAGUAACGAGGGGAAUGGAGAGAUUGCUCCAGUCCACAGAUGAGCCGAAUAAUAUGCAAAUCAUAUACCCAUUCAUAGCAUUUGUUAACAUUGCUUCCCUGCUCAGCUGCUGAUUGAAUUCUGUGUGGUUGUAUAAAUUAUGUCAAAAAUUAUACUGCACGGUUGAGAAGACAGCUGUUGCUGCAGUGACAUGACAGACUGGAACAAUGAAGCUUUUGGUUUCAGCCAUCCAGGAAAAUCCUUCUGAAUGGUAAUGUGAUUGGGUGAGAACGCAUAACCCAUACCUCAGGUGGGUAGGGGUUUUAUCUCCAUCUUCCUUAACUCUGAAGGAAUUAAAGGCCUGGGUCAAGUGCUGGAUAGUUGACAGUUGUUAGUACUUAAUCUGAUGGGCAUCUGAAAGAAAGGAUAGUCAGAAAAGAGAUUUUUCAUACAAGUAGCUAAGGAUAUCAAUUAGGGUAUACCAGAAUAGGACAGAAGUAGGCCAGAGCCACAGAGGAGGUAAUCCGGGUCUCUUAAGUUGGCAGGUGGAGAAAAUGAUAGCUUAUCCAUGUAGCCAGAGUGUGUCUCCCAGGAGCAGUGGGUAUGUAAGCAAAGUACAGUGACCAUAUUUUUAGAGCCCAAAUCUAGCCUGUGGACAAAGAACACAACCGAAUUAUUUGGUACUAAGACUGGUCUUGAGAAACGUGGGACACAUGGUUGCCAGGGUUGUAGGUAAUACGUAAGGCAUUCAUCAAAAUCAGAUUUCUUUUAACAAAAAACCCCCAGUAUCGUCUACUACUCAUCACCCCAGUCUUCGCUCCAUUCCUUUUUCUGUCCACAGUUUACUGAAUCAUGGUCUUGUACUGAGUGCUGCCCAAACAACUUGUUCUCUCCCUGCCUACCCACUGCUACUUCUGUAGGAACAGAGGGAGCCAGAGGCCAAUACAGAUAUCAGCCCUCAGCAGAAAGGGGACGGAUGCUUGCCUGUUCUUCUGGCAUUUGUUAGUGUUGAGUAGCUGUCCAGGCCCUUGGAGGAUUGCAGCCUCAAAGAGAAACCUGCUUUCAUGGGGCUUUCUCCUCUCAGAAGAGUCAGUGGCCCUGGGCUAAAUAAGCACUCUUAAACAUCUAGGUCUCAGGUGCUCAAAGUAUAUUUUUCUUAUGUUAAGUCCUCUUUCAAAACAUCUUUCUAAUGCUGAAUUUUUUCUUGAAAUCAGCAUUCAAGGAUUUCUCUUUCCAGAGAAUGUAGCAGAGCUUUGACCAGCAGAGUCUACCAAGGUCAGCAUAGCUGCUUUUCUGAGCCCUGGGCUGGGCGGAUCCCCUCACAUUAAGAUCAGCUGUUAGAGAACGUCAGCCCUGAUGGAAGCAUCCAUUUUUAACCUGGAGAGAGCCGUAUCAUUUUUCCUCCUGCAGUCCGGUUUUCAUCUGCUCAAGGGAGCAUUUGGACCUGUGGUGUUCCUUAAUGCUCGAAAGUCUAUGGUAUGGUCCUUGGCUGGCCCCCAGCUGUAUAUCCGUACUACUUUUUUUUGUUGAAGAAAAGUUGGUCUUUUUCCUGUAGUUCCUGCAGUUUUAGGUUCUUCUUAACUCUUCGUACUUGUGCUGUAGCCUCCCUGCAAUCCAAUUUCCUUAUCUUUAGGCCAAAUCCUUUGGCCUCAGGGAAGGUGCCUGUGAUUUUCAUCUUGUGGUUUUGUCUGAUCUGUGUGUAGCCCAGCUUACCUAAGGUACAGUGAGGGAUCCGUGUUUGGGCUGGGGAGGGAUUGUUUUUGCCUUUAGGGGUUCAAAUUUGAGGGCCUACCUAAAAUAAGUUCGCAGUGACCUGAGAACUUCAGGAAGGGUUAUAUCAUUAGAUUUGAAAUGUGGAAAUGGUUUCUCACAAAUUAGGUCAAAGGAAAAGCUCAUUUUGCACCCAUGACUCCAUCCUUUUGGUUUAGGUUUUCAGAGUGUUGAGAUCUGUACCUUUGUAAUUAGACCACCAAGCAAGCAUACCUGUGUCAGGUCAGAGAGAGAAAAGGUCUGGACCCAGUGUAUUUGUUUCAUUUUGGCUUUACCACUAAUCAUAAAAGUUUUCAAAAAUAGAGAUGUUACCAGCCUUGCCCCCAAGAGCACAUGCUCGGAAUUGCCUGCCCCCCAACUAAUCAUGGUGGAUUUCUAUUGAGCCAUCCACAUUCCGGCCACCUUAGUGUACAUCAACAUGCAUUUCAUUCAACGGACGUUUUUUGGCCCUGGGGAUACCAAGUUCAAACAGAUGCAGUCCCUGACCUCAAAGAAUUUUCAUACAGGUGUGGGAUGAACGACUACCAGUUCAUUGUAGUAAGUGCUACAAAUGGGCACACAUUUUAUAUUUGAGGGCAGAGACAACUGACUGGUUGGUAUAGUUUGUGGCCCUAAAGUAGGAGGGUGACAACUGGUUCUUGUGUAGAAAAGACGUGAUCUUGGGUGAAUUGAACUAACUGGCCAUAGGUGGACCACAACAAAGGGUUGUUUUAUUCCAGAAAAUAAAGAUAACAGGUUUGGUUAGAAAUGCUACUGCAAGAGAAAGGUGAGUGGAGGUUGAGAACCCCUGGCUUCAGUCCCUAUUUGAGGCUCUUUGCCAAAGUAUUUAAAGGUAGUUAAUCCUUGCUUGUGGAAGGUAUUAACUAUGUUGCAGAUCCAGUUACGUGUUGUUGCUGUAUUGUGGGUUCUGUAAAAUGUAUUCCUUAUGGAUACUUCAUCAGUGUUGCUCACACCUUUUUCAGUUUCUCAUCCCUUUUGAAGGAAUUAACAUGAGGCUGGCUUGAAGCCUAAAACAGGGACAUGCUUUCCAAUGAUAGAAGAUUUGCCAAGAAGAAAAAAAAAGGCUUGGGGCACAUCUGGUAACACCUGGGCAUCUGUUCUGGGCAGUGUGGUUUUAUUUAACACCUCAAGAUGGGGAUUUCUAAGCAGAGACUUGUGGCACUUAUGUGGAAACCUCUCCCAGAAAUACACAUGACCCAGAGUUUCGGAUUUAAUCAGCCUAGGGAGGUCCAGGGUGAGGCCUAGCCCUGUGAAGAAACAGUCUGGCCUUAAGAAAUGUCCUAGUUCUGACCAUGUGAUCACAGGAAAAAUGCUACUUUGCCUGCAUAAUUGAGAGUUGGAUAAUUGAAAGUUGACUCAAGUGUGAAGGUUCCUUGGAUAGCUUCAUAAAAAUUCUAGUUUCUUUUUGCUUGCGCUGGAUUUCUUGGAUUUUAAACUACCUCAUCUCGUCUUUUUAGAGUUACUUCAGGCUUGUCGUUGCCACUUUAACAUCAUGCUUGACUGUGGUGGUUUUCUAAGAUGGAAUGUUUCCUAUUCGUUGAGAGCGUGUUUUCUUGCUUUUUAUCCUGGUCCUCAUUUCACCUAACAUCAUCACAUGUUGCUCCUCUGUCAGAGAAAUAUUUUAAGAUAGUUUAAAAUCUUGGUUCAUGGGAAGAAAGAGACCCUCCAAUGCUAUAUUUGUUUCUGAGGUCAGUGAGAGAAGGAGUUAAAACAAGGUGGUGGGGGAAGGGACAGAACCUGCACUGGAGGCAGCCGACAGGGGAAGAACCAUUAAUUAAAACAAUUUCAAAGUCAA